UGGGGAGGACGGAGCAGACACUUGGCCGCCAGUAAGCGCAUCCCCACGGGAACGUGCCCGGAAGAGGGGCUGCCGGCGUAGCGAGGGGCGCCGAUGGUUACGGACCGGCGAGCGUGUUCUGCCCCUAUCUCGUGACAAGAAUUCCAGAGACUUGCUCCCACCGAGCUGCGCAGCAAGGCAGCAAACCCACAGUAGUUACCUCAUGAUAGGAAGCCAUUUAUUUUCUCAUUAAUCUACAAAGGUACCUCUGUAGCACCAGCUUUCUGAAGCUCCUUUCGCCUGCUUGGGACACUCAGCUGGUCGGCAGCAUGACGUCUGCUGGGAGCCCCUCAAAGCUUCUCCUGGCCCUCAUUCCGUUGCUGCUUGUGCUGCCCGCAGUUGAAGCCCUGGAUGCCGGAGAUACCGUGGCCUUCCUGGUGGGCCUCGCCGUCAGCAUCGUUGGGUUCUGUGCCUGCCUCGGCCUGUACGCCAGGAAAAGGAAUGGGCUGCAGUGAUUAAGGGAGAUGCUCAAACCAAGUGCAACUUGGAACUCUGCAGGGAUCGGGAUGUGGGGUUUACAGCUGAGCUUUGCUUUUGGAUAACCCUCAAAAACCUCAAGUAGAUGGUUCUGCAAGCCCUUUUUACUGUGCAAUACAACAGAAUAAAGGGUGCACCCAGUAAAAGGGAUUUGCAGGAUCUGUUCUCCUGACACUGAGGUCAUCUCAUAUAGUCUGUGAUUAAAUGCUCCCUUAGAGAUGCUAAGAGCUUUUCUGAAAGGGGAAGGAAAUUCAUAGUGCGGUUCACAGUAAAUGUUUAUAAAUGUGUGAGGGAGCCCAUGCAACAAGUUCCUCAGUUCUGGUUUCAGGGUUGUCAGGAGGAAGCAGCUAUUAAUCUUCCAGUGAGGAUGACACCGAUUUGGAGGUGCUGAAGCACUUCUAAUCAGAUAAGUAAAGAGCAUGCUGCUCAGACUGGUUUGUGUCUGUGCGCUCAGGUUCUUUGUAAUGACAGUUAAAAUAAACCCCUAACACCUCACUUGUGGUGACGGAGAUGAGACCUGGGAGAACUAAGAACACACGGAAAACUUUUUACUUCCAUAUUCUUAUUUUAGAAUGUACCCUUCUCUAGCCUCUGUUCUUGUCACAAAGUAGUUGCACAUGAGUGGGGCUGAUUUUUCUUUAAAAUGUAUUUCAUAGGAAAUUAUAUUUAAAGCUUUAUAAAUCACGAGAGAGACGUUUUAUCUGUUUUGUUUAUUUUCUGUACUCAGCUUUCAAUUAAGCACACCAGGUUUCAGGGUUAUUUCAUUUGGCUUUUUAAAAUUAUUCUCUUUUUUUUCUAAAAUUGAAGAAUUACCUGAUUUACUAUUACAUCUGCAUUAAGGGCCGUAUUAGAAUUAUAACAUAGCAGUUAUGCACAUGUUCUUUUUUUUCAAUAUAGUAAAUAAAAACAACUUGUUUUAAUAAAAUCAUGAUUUUAUUGAACAGGUCCCUGGUACUUGAACAGCUUUCACYUGACAAAC